UCUCCUUCUGCCAUGGUGAGACGGCGGCUCUGGUCCCUCCCACAUGAGCCCCGAGUCGAAGGGGGGCCAUGGUGGAGAGCGAUGCUGAGCUUCCUCUCGCCCACCUCCUCCUCGGCAACCUCUCUUGGUCCUGCGAAACACGACCAGGCGGGUUCCCUCAAACCGAUUGCUUCUCUCCCGCUCGGUGGCUAGAGAAGAAGCGUCAACCGACAUACCGCUGGAUCUCAGGGUGACGGAGUCCUUCUGUCCAUUCGGUGAUACAGGAAACACAGGAGAGAUCCAAGUGCAGGUAAGAGGUUUAUUGAGGGGCAAUCCAAAAAGGUAAACAGUCCAGGCAGGGUCAAAACCAGAAUAUCCAAUAAACAUGAAAACAAAACAAGAACACACGGCAAGAGCAGACUAUGGAUAGUAUCACACAUAAGACAAGGACUCCAUGACACAGACUCAGACAGACCGGGCAUAAAUACACAGAAGAAUGAUGAGGGAACUGGAGACAGGUGGGGAACAAUAAUAUACUCAAACAAGGAGGAAGGUUACCAAAUAAGGGAACAGUAAGUGAUAAGGUGACAGACACCGUGGAAAAGGAGGACACCUAGUGGAAACCCAGGGAACACAACCCAGACACUGUGACAAUACCAGAAGCUGCUCUGUACCUUACCCAUGAUACUCUAAAUAAUAAUGAUGUCUAUACAUAGCAAUCUGUAAAAAAUAUAUAUAUUUUGUUUAUGAAGAUGAAAUUAUCACAAAUAAUACCAAUUAAAAUGUUAUCAAAAACAAAAACCAAAUCCAUGAUCUCAAAUCCAGAACCUGCCGUUCUGACAGUCCAGACAGCAGAAGUGACUGAAUGCAUUAUGUUCUGUUUGAUAGACACAGAUCAUAUAUUAAUUCAAUUCAGGUAUUUCAAUUCAAGUUUAUUUGUAUAGCACUUUUUAUGAUACAAAUAAUUGCAAUGCAACUUACAGAAAAUUACAAUUCUACAAUAUUUAGUAGUAGCUUAUCAGUGGUGAUUCUCAGUUUAUGUGCAUAUGACAGAAAUUUCUGAAAAAAUAAUACAAAAUGUAGUCCCCCAGACCAUGAACAUUAUUAACAGCAGUUAUUAUAUGAUACAGUCAGGCUUAUUUUGGGAAUAUUUGGUAGUUCUGUAUGUUUUAGGGUUGGCAUGAAAAACUGGACAGGAUUUAUAACAGCUUGACCUGCUUCCUAAUUAAAUGAUCUUCUUAUUAAAUGAUGAAAUACAUUUUUAUGUGAACUAUUCAUUUUAAUGUAAAAAUAAAAUAAAUUAUGUACAUGCUGUAAGUUAACACCUGAUCAUAAGGAGAAGUAGUAUGAAUAUUAGUCCAUCUGAAGACACUUCCCAGCUCAAAGAGGUCUCUUCGUUCUUUUUGAUAGAAACCCAAGAUUCUUCAAAAUAUCUGCUCUGAUAAUAGAACAUUCAGAAUUAAUUCAACAGCUAUAAAGUUAGAUAAUAUGAAAUACAUCUGACUUGACUCAGUCCUUGACAAUCACCGGUGACUUGACUUGACUCUGAAAGGUCAACGGUGACCAGCCUUGUCUCUGGAAAGUCCAUGCUAACUAGCCCUGACUCUCGAGUCAAUGUGCUGAAACAGGAUCUGGAAAACACAACUGUCAAACCUUUGAAACUGUUGUUAAAAACCAAUCAGAUCAGUUCAUACAUUGUUAUUAUUAUUAUUUAGAUGUUAUUUUUAAUAAAUUAUCAAUUAAUAGUUGUGACUCUAGAUACAGAUGGAGGAGUUUGAGUUCCUGGAAGAGGAGCAGACAGGAGUCUAAACACUAUCCACAGUGCUGACAACAAAAAAGCUCUUAUUUGUCUUAUGAAACAAACACCAUGAGCAUAUCAUGAUAGCUAGUUCCUUUCCUGAACUUCCACUUCAUUCACAGUGAUAUCAUUGAUUUAAAAUGAUUUCACAGAUACUAUUUAAACUGAACUCAUCUGAAUGAUGACAUCACUGAAUUCAUUAAUGAACUGCCUUUAACUGUCAUUUUGCAUUAUUGACACACUUGUUUCCUAAAUGAUGUUGUUCAGUUGCUUUGACACAGUCAGUUUUGUAUAAAAAGCUAUAUACACUAAAUAAAGGAGACUUGACUGUAAUGAGUCUAAUUUUCAUUGUUUGAUUUCACUUAAAAACAGCAACUGCUUUGAGACCGUGCUGAGGUUGUGAUGAUCCUCUGCACCACUAGAGGCAGAAGAAGACAAGACAAAACCAAGAGUCACCUUGACCAGCUGAGUAAAUGAAAGUAAAAGAAGGGAGAACAUUCUGAGGUUUCAAUCUAUGCCUGGACUCUUAAGUGGCAGCAUAUUGUGGUCUGAGGUCAUACUUUUUGAGACACGGGAGCAGGAAGGCAGCGCUUCAAACAUGAGCUUCCAUGAGGAAAAAGAGAAUAAAGACACAAUGUCUGAAAUGAGAUCUCCUUCUCCCAGAUCAAGCUGUGCAUCUUUGUCUGAUAAAUCCAUACACAUUCUGCCCCCUGACAUCAGUGAUGCAACAGAGACCUCCAGUGACUCCAGGUAUGACUUUAGCAGUUUUGUAACAUUAUAUCAGAGUUACUUAUAUCUCUGAAGUUCAAACAGUAGAGCACAACUCUCACUCACUAAACUAUGUGGGUUUGAUUUUUAUAGGCUUUUUCACACAACAUUAAUAGAUGUUGACCAGCACUGACGCUAUUUGUUGGAUUUUGUCAGAUCAGUGUGUAACCAAUGCCGGCGUCUGUCAUGUUCAGUCUGUAUUUAUUGGGUUAUGGGAUUUCUGAGAAGUGAUAAACUGUAAUCUGUUGAUUGAUAGUUAUUUGUAUUUCAUCUGUAUUGAGACAAAACCAAAUGUGGGCAGGGCUUAAACCAGAAGUUUGUCUAUACUAAAUAAAAAGCCCAUUUUAUUUUUUUUUAUUUUUUUGCCAAUGUAGUUUGCACGUAACAAAUGUACCAUGUAUAAUUCACAAAAUUGCUUAUUCUUGUUUUCUGCUAAAUGUAUGUAAAUAUCUUUAAUAACUAAUUACAAAAAUAAUUCAGCUUUUAAUAACUGCCUGAAUGUUUAAUAAAAUGGAAAAGUUAUUUAUUAAGAAAAUAUUUGUCUUUUUGACAUAUCAUAUAGUAGAAAUGUGUAUUAUACAGUAUCUUAAUAUACAAUAAUACUGUGCAUGUAUAUGUGUGUGUAUAAUAUACAAACUUGUUUAUCUUUUGUCAGAAACAACAGGAAGAAAAGACCAAAAUCUCCAGAACCCAGCGGUGUCUCUGUGAAUAGUACAAGAUCCAUGCAUUUUCCCUUUUCAUUCAGUGAUGGAACAGUGACUUCUGCCCCACUGUUAGUAUAAAUAUUUAGUUACUGAUUUUAUGUAAGUUACCUUGAUUAAAUAAUGUUAUAAGAAACCUAACAAACACUAAAUGUUCUCCAAAAUAUACAACAUACAGUAUACAAUACAUAAUGUUAUGUUUCUUAAAAUGUUAAACAAACAUUGUAAUUACUGUUAUUGCCAUUUUUGCUAUUCGGUAUUUUAAUUCCAGCAUUGAGGAGAUAGAUGAUAAAAUUGCAUCCUACGAUCAGACCCACAUCAAGCAGAAAAGAACUGAAGCAGUCCUGCAGAGAGUCAAAGAUCAGCACAAAACCAGCAUGAAGAACAAGUUUGGCUUCUUAUUUGAGGGAAACAAACUACAAGAGAAUGAAACCCUCUUGAACAGGAUCUACACACAGCUCUACAUCAUAGAAGGAGAGAGAGAAGGAGUGAAUGAAGAACAUGAGGUUUUACAGAUGGAGAAAACAUCCAGAACACAACACUCACAACAAAAUCCAAUAAACUGUAAUGACAUCUUCAAAUCCUUAUCUAAACCAGGUUAUGAGGAGAAAGACAAAAUCAAGACUGUUCUUACUAAAGGCAUCGCUGGAAUUGGAAAAACUGUCUCUGUGCAGAAGUUCAUUCUAGACUGGGCAGAGGGAGAAGCCAAUCAGGAUGUAGAUUUCAUGUUUGUGUUUCCAUUUCGAGAGCUGAACUUGAUUCAAGAUCGUCAGUACAGUCUUCACAGACUUCUGCUGGACUUCCAUCCUGAGCUUCAAGAUCUGGACUCAAAGAUUUAUGAGGAGUGUAAAGUUGUGUUUAUUCUAGAUGGUCUGGAUGAAAGCAGAAUGUCACUGUUUUCAGAUGAUGAGAACGUUUGUGAUGUGAAUAAGUCUUCAUCAGUGGCUGUGUUGAUGUCAAACCUCAUCAGAGGAGAUCUGCUUCCCUCUGCUCUCAUCUGGAUCACCUCCAGACCAGCAGCAUCCAAUCAGAUCCUCUCCAAAUACAUCAACCGUGUGACAGAAAUUCAAGGUUUCAAUGACCCUCAAAAAGAGGAAUAUUUUAGGAAGAGAAUCAGUGAUAAGCACCAAGCCAUCAGAAUCAUCUCACACAUCAGAAGAGCAAGAAGCCUCCAUGUGAUGUGCCACAUCCCCGUCUUCUGCUGGAUCUCAUCCACUGUGAUUGAGAAGCUCCUGAAAGAAGAUCUGAGUGCAGAAAUACCUCAAACUUUUACUGAAAUGUACAUCCACCUUCUGCUGACUCAAAUGAGCAAGUAUGAAGAGAGAGAUCCACAGAAACUCCUAAAGACCAAAAGAGAAGUGAUUGUGAAACUUGCUGAAGUGGCUUUCAAGCAGCUGAUGAAGGGCAAUGUGAUGUUCUAUGAGGAGGACCUGAGAGAGAGUGGCUUAGACAUUACUGACGCCUCAGUGUAUUCUGGGAUUUGUACUGAGAUCUUUAAGGAAGAAUCUGUGAUUCAUCAGAGGAAGGUCUACUGCUUCAUUCAUCUUAGCGUUCAGGAGUUUCUCGCUGCUUUCUAUGUGUUUUACUGUUAUUUAAGCAGCACCAUGGAAGCCCUUAAGACCUUUGAUUCAAUGCACAAUUUGCAUAAAGGUGCAAUAGAUAAAGCCUUAGAAAGUAAAAAUGGGCAUCUGGAUCUGUUCCUGCGGUUCCUGCUGGGCAUCUCACUGGAGUCCAAUCAGAGACUAUUACAGGAUCUACUGACAAACACAGAGGACAGCUCAGAGAGCAUCAGGAGAACCACACAGUAUAUUAAAGAAAAGAUCAAAGAUGGACAUGCACUGUUCAUUGAAAGAUCUAUCAAUCUGUUCCUCUGUCUUCUGGAAGUCAAAGAUCAGACUCUGUCCAGAGAAAUUCAGGAGUUUGUGAAAUCAGAGAAACACAAAGAAAAAAAACUCUCUCCAUCUCACUGCUCAGCAAUCGCCUACAUGCUUCAGAUAUCAGAGGAGGUGCUAGAUGAGCUGGAUCUCAAGAAAUACAACACAUCAGAUGAGGGGAGAAGAAGACUGAUACCAGCUGUGAUCAACUGCAGAAAAGCUCUUCUUGCUGGCUGUAAUCUCACUGGUCAAUCCUCUGAAAUUGUGUCAUCAGCUUUACAAUCCUCAAACUCUGUUCUGAGAGAGCUGGACCUGAGUAACAAUGACCUGCAGGAUUCAGGAGUGAAGCUACUCUCUGAUGGGCUGAAGAGUCCAAAAUGUCAGCUUAAGAUAUUAAGGUUGUCUGGCUGUAUGGUGACAGAGGAAGGCUGUCAUUAUCUGUCUUCAGCUCUGAGUUCAAACCCCUCACACCUGAGAGAGCUGGAUCUGAGCUACAAUCACCCAGGACAAGCAGGAGUCCAGCUGCUUUCUGACAAACUGAAGGAUCCAAACUGCUCACUAAAAAUACUCAAUUUGGACCAUGGAGAGCCUUUCAGGAUCCGACCAGGUCUACAGAAAUAUUUCUGUGAUCUCACACUGGAUCCAAACACAGCAAACACUCAACUCAUUCUGUCUGAGAACGGAGAGGUGAAAUAUGUGGAACAGCCGCAGCCGUAUCCUGAUCAUCCAGAGAGAUUUAAAGAUAUUCCUCAGGUUCUGUGUCGAGAGAGUCUGACUGGACGUCAUUACUGGGAGGUUGAGCGGACUGGCUGGGCUUGUAUAGCAGUGGCCUACAAAACAAUCAGCAGAGAAGGCACUGUUGGUAAGUUUGGAUACAAUAACAAGUCCUGGUGUCUCUUCUGCCUUAAUGAUGGAUUUGUUUUCUGGCACAACAAUGAGAACAAAAACAUUACUGCUCCUUCACCCUUCUCUGAAAGAGUAGGAGUGUAUCUGGACUGGCCGGCCGGCAUUCUGUCCUUCUACAGUGUCUCUGACACACACACACUCACACACUUACACACAUUCAGCACCACAUUCACUGAACCCCUCUAUGCUGGAUUUAAGGUUUUUGAUUCCUCACUGUCACUGUGUAAGAUUACACAACAGACAAACUACUGACUUUUACUUAUUUUACUUAUUACUUAUUUUUACUUUUAUUAAUCAUUGUCACAUGUCCGUUUAUGAAAAGAUUUGUUUUUGAGGGAUAGCAUUUAUGAAUUUAACUGAAAUAGUAAAUGCAUGUUGUACUUUCAAAUGUAGUUAAACACAAAUGUGUAACAUUACAAUGUAUAAUUAGUGCCACUUUAUAUUAGAUGACUUUAACUACUACUUAACUACUUAACUAAAAAAAAAAGAGAUGCAACUAAGAUGACUAAAAUAUCUACUAUAAGUAACUACUAUCACUUCAUCUCCUGCAUUCUGAACGCACCAGCCACUUCCUGCUUUAGGGCUGACAGAAUUAUUAUUAUUUUUAUGUUUUUAGCAAUUUGAUAUGUGUGGUAUUUUGAACUGCAGAGUCACUGAGAUCCUCCUGUCUUCUCAGACUCGAAUAUGAGACAAAAGUGAAUGAACCGGUUUCUCCAGAUGAAUGAUCUAUUCCUGCAGUGUGUUCACUGUAAAUCUGCAGUGUUUAAUGUAAAUCUGCAGGGUGUUUCUGUUUACUGUAUAUUUUAUAAUGAACAACUUGUCCCUUUUCUACCCACAGAGUCCAGUCUAACACAAUACAGAUCAUGUACUUUCAGUGUGCUCAUUAAUUAAUGAACUUUCAUUUGGGUUUAUUUAAACUUUGAAAUUGCAAGUCAAAACAGAAUGAAAAGUUUAAAAUUAGGCAACAUUGUAAAUCAGUAAACUGCAUUAAACUGCAAUUAAUUAAAUUAUUAUUCUCAGUACAAUUAAUCUUAGAAUCACACGGGGAGAGAUUGUAAAAGAAAUACAAUGCAAUACUAUCACAUUUUAAUAUUCUGUAUUGGGUCUGGGCUAUUUAAGACUCAGGUGUGGCUCAGUUUUGGGGCUUCUGGUUUACUCUGCUGAAAAUCGAUACCAAUGCUAAUUGCUUUGCGGUAUGUGGGCCAAGGGAAAACGGUUUGUGUAGACCAGAGCUGGGACAGAAAAAAAAAAUAAUAAUAAUAAUAUUGCUAUGUGGGCUGCACCAGAAUGGAAGUUUUAUGGUGAUUUGGAUUAGAGCCUGAUCACUCUUCUAUCUUUGAUGAACAUGUAGCGCCCCCUUCUGGAAACAGAAAGCGCAAUCUCUUUAUUUA